GGUUAUGUGGUGCCUGUGACUAUAAUUUAAUGAGCAAUACGUACGGUGUGUUGUUGCUUAUCGUGUGCCGUGUGUUGAUUCUGUUCGGGAACUAGCGAUGUAUCGCUAAGACCAACCCACCACCGCUCUGAAGGUUACGUGUCGGAAACGGGUGAAGAAAAAAAUAAUAACAUCGUUUAAACACACCGCCACCUACGAAGCACCUUGCCGCAAUCCAAUGUAUUCACUGACCGUACGAUCAGCCAUCAGCAGCAACAGUAGGUGCGAACCAUCGCCAUCAACCAAGCGAAUCGUUACGCAGAUACGCGAACGGGUAAUCAGUCAGCGAGGUCAACAACGAGUCAUCUGGUCGCCCACAUCGCCGGCACUGCCGAGGCUUUAUACUAUGCUUGGACUCGACGCGCCCAACUCGUGGGGCUUCGCACCAUCCCCAGCAUCGCACCGCAUUGGCUCUCUUGGUGUUUGUUUACUCGGCAUUUACUCUGUCUGAAAUUUGGCAACGAGAGAGAGCCACAUCGGCGAGCCCAUCUGCAGCAAUAGCCGAUUGCGUUACUACAACUACCAGCCUAAAAGCCCCAAAGUCAUCAUCGUCAUCGUCAUCAGUGCAACAUCGUCAUCAGUCCUCAUCAUUUUGCCAGCAUCAUUGGCGCCAUCGUCGUAGUCGUCGUGUGCGAUAGGUAUCCGAAAACGGUUAAACUAUGCAACAGGUUGGCCAAGUCUUCAACAUACGGAGAGGAUUCGUGGCGCUCAUCAUUCGGAUACGGCGGAGUCCAGCCUUAUCAGACUUUUGCUGCCAGCGUAAACCACCAGCCGGACAUGAUGAUGAUGCCACGACUUCGGGCAUAACGUUGGAUGACUCCGAUAAACGUGUGAUACGGCUGAACGAACCGCAAGGACAAAAGUAUUGUAACAAUCAUAUCUCUACUGCGAAAUAUAGUGCCCUUAGCUUCAUACCAUCGUUUCUAUUCGAGCAGUUUCGACGGUACUCGAACUGCUUCUUUUUGUUCAUCGCAUUGCUGCAGCAGAUACCGGACGUGUCCCCGACCGGUCGUUACACCACGCUCGUACCUUUAAUCUUCAUCCUUUCGGUGAGCGCGAUCAAGGAGAUCGUCGAGGACUUCAAGCGGCACCGAGCGGAUGACGAGAUCAACCACCGGGUGAUCGAGGUGCUACGCAAUGGCCAGUGGCACUCGAUCAUGUGGCAAGAGCUGUCGGUCGGCGACAUCGUUAAGGUGCAGAACAACACCUUCUUCCCGGCCGACUUGGUGCUGCUGUCAUCCAGCGAACCGCAGGGCAUAUCAUUCAUCGAGACAUCUAACCUAGACGGCGAAACGAACCUGAAAAUUCGCCAAGGUGUCCCGGCCACGGCCAAAAUACUGGAAACGAAGGAUUUCGCCCAGUUCCGUGGCACGCUGGAAAGUGAACCGCCGAACCGGCAUCUGUACGAGUUCAAUGGCGUGCUGAAGGAGCACGAUAAAUCGGCGGUAGCGCUCGGACCGGACCAGCUGUUACUGCGCGGCGCCAUGCUUCGCAACACGGCGUGGAUAUUCGGCAUUGUUAUCUACACCGGUCACGACACGAAACUUAUGCGAAACUCUACCUCAGCGCCGCUGAAGCGCUCCACCGUUGACAGACUGACAAACACGCAAAUUCUUAUGUUAUUCUUCAUUCUGAUCAUUCUCUGUAUCGUGAGUUGCAUUUUCAACCAAAUUUGGACUAACGAACAUUUUAAAACCGACUGGUACUUAGGCAUACGCAAUCUUUUGAACAAAAACUUCGCCUAUAAUCUGCUUACGUUUAUUAUUCUGUACAAUAAUUUGAUUCCAAUAUCGCUGCAAGUUACGCUUGAGUUGGUGCGGUUCCUGCAGGCAAUCUUCAUCAACAUGGACAUCGACAUGUACCACAAGGAGUCGAAUACGCCGGCGAUGGCGCGAACGUCGAAUCUGAACGAGGAGCUCGGUAUGGUGAAGUACAUCUUCUCGGACAAGACGGGAACGCUUACGCGCAACGUAAUGGAAUUCAAAAAGUGCACGGUAGCCCGAACAGUCUACACAGCCGAAGAUACUCCGGCCCAAUCCCGGCUGGUGCAGAACAUUAUGAACAACCAUCAUACUGCACCGAUAUUGCGCGAAUUCCUCACGCUGAUGGCAAUCUGCCACACGGUGAUACCAGAAAAGAAGCCCGGUUGUGACGAUAUGACCGACAUCCAGUAUCACGCCGCCAGUCCGGACGAGCGGGCUCUAGUGUAUGGAGCCAAGAAGUUUGGUUACGUGUUUCACACGCGCACACCCACGUUUGUCGAGAUCGAGGCGCUGGGUGUACAGGAGCGCUUCGAAAUACUGAACGUGCUCGAAUUCACUUCGACGCGCAAACGAAUGUCGGUAAUCGCGCGCAACUCGAACGGUGAAAUCAAGCUGUACUGCAAGGGAGCAGACACGGUGAUCUACGAACGGCUUGCACCGAACGGGGUAGCAUAUCGAGAGGCCACCCUGACCCACCUGGAAGAGUUCGCCACCGAAGGGUUGCGAACGUUGUGCUGCGCCGUCUCCGUGAUCCCGGACGACGUUUACGACGACUGGAAGCACACGUACCACAAGGCAUCCACCUCGUUGCAGUAUCGAGAGCAAAAGGUGGAGGAUGCAGCCAAUUUGAUCGAAACGAACCUGAUGCUUCUCGGUGCUACGGCCAUCGAAGAUAAGCUACAGGACGGUGUACCUGAAACGAUCGCAUCGCUGAUCGAGGCCAAAAUAAACGUGUGGGUACUGACGGGCGAUAAGCAGGAGACGGCCAUCAACAUCGGUUACUCGUGUCAACUGUUGUCGCACGGCAUGGACUUGAUAAUUCUGAACGAAGAUUGCUUAGAUAAUACGCGUAGCUGCAUCCAGCGAUACAGCGAACGGUACGAUCAAUCAAUGCGCAAGGACAACAAUGCGGCACUCAUUGUUGAUGGAAAGACGCUUAAGUACGCACUGAGCUGUGACUUGCGUCGAGACUUUCUCGAUUUGUGCAUCUCGUGUAAGGUUGUGAUCUGCUGUCGGGUGUCGCCAAUCCAGAAGGCGGAUGUUGUGGAACUGGUGACCACGAACACAAAAUCAGUUACGCUCGCAAUCGGUGAUGGUGCAAACGAUGUCGCGAUGAUACAAAAGGCACACGUUGGUGUCGGUAUAUCCGGUGUAGAGGGACUGCAGGCGGCCUGCGCAUCGGACUAUUCGAUCGCACAGUUCAGUUAUUUGCGAAAAUUGCUGCUGGUGCACGGGGCCUGGAAUUACAGCCGAAUGUGUAAAUUGAUUCUAUACAGCUUCUACAAAAACAUCUGCCUGUACGUGAUCGAGUUGUGGUUCGCAAUUUACUCCGGAUGGUCCGGCCAAAUAUUGUUCGAACGAUGGACAAUCGGUUUAUACAAUGUAUUUUUUACUGCCCUGCCCCCGUUCGCAAUGGGUCUGUUCGACAAGGUGACCUCGGCCGAGCAAAUGCUAAAAGAACCGAGACUCUACGAACCUUCGCAAAGUGCGCAGUUAUUUAACGUGAAAGUGUUUUGGCACUGGAUCCUCAAUGCAUUGAUACACUCAGCGGUACUGUACUGGCUGCCAAUGAGCUCCUACAAGGGCGACGUUAUAUGGAGUAAUGGGCGCGAUGGUGGUUACUUAGUGUUAGGCAACAUAGUAUAUACAUAUGUCGUUGUAACGGUUUGUUUGAAAGCAGGUCUCAUCACCAACUCGUGGACAUGGUUGACACACUGCUCGAUCUGGGGAUCAAUGGUGCUGUGGCUAUUAUUUAUUUUCAUUUACAGUAACAUUUGGCCAACGUUACCGGUGGGAGCUGUGUUUACUGGUAUGGACGAUAUGGUGUUCUCUUCACCGGUGUUUUGGCUAGGUUUGUUGCUAAUCCCGGCCACUGCAUUGCUGCCGGAUGUUAUUGUUAAAGUGAUAAAAACUCACAAACAAGAGAAGAAACUUGCGCCACCCAUCAAAGAAUCGAGAUCUUCAAGCUUAACGAAGAUUCUCUCCUGGCGUAGACGUAACUCCGUGGCGCCCCUUCCAGCUUGGCAUCACAACAGUAUCCGUAUAACCGAGUUGCACAUGUAGAAGUUACGAUUACUACGAGUUGUAGAACGCAUAACAAGGCUGUUGAAUUUGAAUCUUUUGUAGCGUGUCGGGCUCAUACUAUUGUUGGUUACCGAAGAAGUAAACCGUCAAUAUUGUUUUUCUCCGUUUUUUAGUGUAUAAUGUCGAUCUAAUCGGAACAAUGUGUAGGUAGUUUAUGUAGCAUAUCAAAUUUGUACGAUAACAAAAGGUUUGGUGUCCAGCUGCGAUGGAAACAGGCCACAAUGAGCGACAAACGUAACACAUUCCGUCCAUCCGAGGCUGUCGUUAGCUUAGACAUUCUUGAAAUUCUUUUCUUUCUCAUUGUAGUAAUUGCACUGGUUUUGAAGACACUUCUCAGGUUCUUUAUUUAAAAUGCAUUUUUUUGAUCUGCCAUUUCCAACCAGCUUACCGAUAUAUCUGCAGCCUAGCCGUCUGUUGGGCGGCAUUCGUUAACAGCGCGUUAAAACUUUGAGCUAUACUGAACAGAUAAUAUUCAAAGGCUAUCAAAGAUCGUCGAUAAAACAAAAAUAUGAACUUAAAAGCUAAGCUUCAACGUAGAUAAUAAGACGAACGACGAAACAGUGCAAUAGGGUCAUCCGUGCUAAAUAAGAUAUAAGAAUGCACGCGAAUAUUGUAGAAGAAUGCAUGUGAAUAUCGAUAGUAUGGGAAUAUUAGGAAUACCAAGUUAUGCAGGAACGAUUCCAAGGAACCAAGUUAGGCAGGCAGAAUGUUAUUCCAAUUGAUAGCGUAGGGUUCCACCGGUUGUAAAUACAUAAGUGUAGUGUUAAAGAACUCCACAGAGCAAUUGUUUCUGUUAUGUUCAUCAAUUAAAAUGUGCAUUAUGCUAGAUACCACGUCUCGUUCGUACGAGCUUCAGUGUUUGUGUACGUGCAACUAGGAUCCGUGUGCUCACGAGCAACCAGUGCGAUUAUAAUCCUGUAUGUUUCUUUUGUAUUCGUGACUAAUGUACCUCGCGUGCUCACGCGCCUGCUCAUCAACGACAAAAGUGCCGCCAGUAGCAUUAUUUUCAGCCAAAGUAUGGGCCAGUUUAACGCUUGCGUUCCAGUAAACACUGUACAUUAAGACCAUCAGUCCUCCAUUACAACAGGAAGGUGUUUUAUGUGUGAUUCAAAGAUAAUUUUUUCCUACUAAGACAGCACUCGUGUUGUGCGUAAUAAACUCAUCUUUCUGUUGGCAGUGGCUGUAGCUGUGUAUGGCUCUUGUUUGUUAAUAUAGGUCAUUUUAUCGUACGCCUCGCUAUCUGGCGUAAUAGUGGUGCAAUUACUGCGGCUUACACUCUCCGUGAUACUUUGUUGUGCUUGCCUCAGGAUAAUGGUGUUCCGCUUUAAGCCCUUUCGUGUUAUGUGUUGCCCGAACCUGCGGGAUAAUCUGAUUGGUGCGGAAGCAACCUUGGGAUGGGGAGGUGGUGCCCAUAGGUCCACAAAUUUGUCCACCUGCCGCUACAUUCGCCAACACUGUACCUUUUAUCCCUCAGUGAUACAGAAGCCUACCGCAUGAUGCCACACGGAAGACGGAAUGACUAUUACGACGAGCUGGCGUAGGUUGUAAAGAUUCGUGUUUUGCUCGAUCAGGGCACGACGGUACUGCUGGAAAAGGUUUUCACUUCACUUUCAAAAGUGGUUAAAGAAAAGGUUUUUCAAAAAUUCACUUUCAUUAACAUCGGAAACAUUAAUACAAAUCAAAGAAGCAGUCUAUCAUCAAGUUUUAUAGUGUAACGAAGUGAGGCUCCGGUUUUCAGCUAAAUAAAGGGGGUUUUCAAUUAAAAUCUUUCAAUCAAAAUCGAUCUAAGAAGACGGCGAUGUGUGUUCGUUGCACUUCGUUCCUCAUUCAAUGCAGACAUUUUGAGGCAAAAUUUAUUGAUUAGUGUAAACGAAGAAAACGGUAUAAAGAGAAAAUCAGUCACCUAGGAAGAUAAAGAAUGAUUUUUUGUACUUACUUCUAUAAAAAGGGACAAAAAAAGAAGGAAUUAAAAAUUCGUUACCACUUUUAAAACAUUAUCUUAAAUAUACACCCAUUUAUAAGCUCAUCGCAAUCGAAUUUGAAUUUUGUCUUCGAAGCAUCGAAGACAGACAUCCGUCAAUAGCCCAGCAGUGAUAAUUUGAAUACAAAUAUUUAUGACAGCUUCAAAAUAGGCACAUUUUAUAUGGAACAAUAGCAAAAUAUGAAACACCCGUACUUACUUACAAAAGCCAAUUUCUUUCGGUUCAGUAACGUGUCUGCAAUAUUGGAUUCGUUUUAUGUUUAUACUGCACGUUAUGUUACUUAUUGAUGAAAAAUGAUUAAUCUCACUGAAAUAGUUUCAAGCACGAUAAAACAAAUAAAAGAAAUUUAUCUUUACAAACCGAAAAACGAGACAAACAUAUAAUAAGUUCAUUUUUAUACAACAAACAAUACACUUACCAACCAUCAAAUGUUGAAGUA